AUGACUGCUGCUGCUACACCACAACCAGCUUUCUCGCCAGACCAGGUUUCAGUGGUCUUCGUUUUGGGAGGACCCGGUGCAGGCAAAGGCACCCAGUGUGAAAAACUGGUUAAGGACUAUUCCUUCGUCCAUUUAUCGGCGGGAGACCUUCUGCGUGCUGAACAGGGCAGGAAAGGCUCUCAAUACGGAGAACUGAUUAGUAACCAUAUCAAAGAGGGCCUGAUUGUUCCUCAGGAGAUCACUUUGGCGCUAUUGCGCAACGCCAUCUCCGAGAACAUCAAGAACAACAAGCACAAAUUCUUGAUUGACGGGUUCCCCAGGAAGAUGGACCAAGCCAUUUCCUUCGAAAGGGACAUUGUCGAAAGUAAAUUCACCCUUUUCUUUGACUGUCCUGAAGAUAUCAUGCUGCAGAGACUACUGGAGCGUGGCAAGACCAGUGGAAGAAGCGACGACAACAUCGAAUCCAUCAAGAAGAGGUUCAAAACUUUCAAGGACACCAGCAUGCCCGUUAUUGAGUAUUUCGAAACCAAAUCUAAAGUCGUCCGUAUUCGCUGUGACAAGGCUGUCGAGGAUGUCUACAAAGACGUCCAGAAUGCCAUUCGUGAUAGAUUAUAG